CUCGAAAGCCCGAGUUGAGGUUUAACCAACUCAAAAGCGAGAGGAGACGAGAAAAAAAGAUGCUUCUUUUGAAACUUGAUCUUCUUCUACAACCCCGUCGAUUCCUCUCCCUGUCUCUAGAACUACUGCGACAGCAUCCUUAACGAUUCUCUCACAGGUCUUUGGCGUUUUUGUUGUUAAGAUCCUCUAAUGGUUGUUGUUCAGGCUACCAAGCUCAGCCUUCCCAACCCUUCUCUCUCUUCCCCACAAAUUUCUUCCCUUCUCUUUGAACCUCAUUCUCUUUCUCUUGCUCUAAUGCACUCAGAUUCUUCUUUCUCCCUCUACCCUUCUUUUUCCCCUCUCUCACUUUCCUCUCUUCCUUCCCCUCAAGUGGUUGUGCCUUCUCCGUGUUCUUCUGCGGCUUUUGUUGCCCUUCAGAAUUCUAAUUCCAACUCCGAUACUAAGGUUCUGUUUGUGGUCUCUGGCCCCCACAAGGGUGGCUCUCAGAUUCUCCUUCGGUUUUAUGUUUUGGAGGGUUCUAAAUUGUUCAGGAGAGCUCCAGUUGUUUGCACGCAGAAGGAUCUUCGAUCUGAUGAUAAAUUGGGUGUUUGGGUCAAUUUUAGACAUGGGAUUUCGGUUCGUUUAGCUGGGUCAGUCAAUUUCUUCGCCAUGUACUCUGUUUCGAGCAUGAAGAUUUGGGUUUUUGCGGUGAAGAUGGUGGGAGACGGCGAUGAUGGGAUAGGUUUGAAAUUGAUGAGAUGUGCUGUGAUUGAUUGCUGCAAACCCAUUUGGUCGCUUAACAUUUCGUUUGGGUUUUUGCUUUUGGGGGAAGAUAAUGGGAUUAGGGUUGUUAAUUUGAGACCCUUUGUGAGAGGGCGUGGUCGAAAAGUUAGGAAUCUGAAUGCAAAUACCUCUUCUAAUGCCAAGCGUGAAGUUCAGAAGUCAUUUUUGCCUCAUGUAGAUGUUUGUGGAACUUCUGGUGGCAAUGACUUGAACGGUGGUUCUUUAGUUGUUAGCAGCAAUGGAUUCAAUUUACAAGCCAGUAGAAGUGAAGAUGCUGGAAGUUUAUCUUGCAAUGGAUGCUUGGACGGGAAGUUGGACAAAAUUUCUAGUUCUGUUAGACCAAGAUGCAUAAAACUGAGGCAAGAUUCGAGCGAAGGACUAUAUUUUGUGGCACUGAAGGGCAGAGGAAAUGAAGGCCUGAAAUCUGCAAAAAUGAUGUCAUUAAAGGCAAUAUCAAUUCAAGCACUGUCUCCCAAGAAAAUAUUGAUCCUGGACUCUGUUGGUGAUUUACAUCUGUUGCACAUUGCUAACACUGCUAAUGGAUUUGAUUUUUCUUGCAACAUUCGGCCAUUACCUCAUCUAAUGAAAGCUCAAAUGCUGACCAGUUUUCCUGAUACAAUCAUAAGGAACCAAACUGUCUGGCUAUCGGAUGGGAAUCAUUCUGUGCAUAUAAUGGUGAUACCUGAUGUUGAUUCCGUUGUCCCUGAAAAUAUGGGAAAUGAGAGCGAGGAAGUCCUGAUGAAAAGAAUAUCAGUUAUGCAAGCUAUAUUUGCCGGUGAAAAGAUUCAAGACAUAACAUCCUUGGCUGCAAAUGCUGUUUUAAUUCUUGGACAAGAUUUUGGUCCAACUUCAGUCUUUCUGGGUUUUCUCUUCAUGUGGGUGGCAAGUAAAGCCUCUAUGAUGAUGCUGUUAUUUUGAAAGACUUUUGUGGCCUCCUCUCGUUUUUGGACUACUAUGGCAUGAUAGUUACAAGGAAGCUUAUAUGCGUAUACAAUUUCCUGAAAUUUCCUCAGUGACUUUUUUUUUCGGACAUUUUCAUUCAAGGCUGUGUUAGAUGAUCUCGUCCAAAGUGGUAACUUAUGGGCUUCACGUUCUGCUCAAAUCCUAGCAUUGUGGUUUCCAGUUAUUGUGUUACAGUAAGUCAAUACCAAGAAAGUCAAGAACUGCAGUUUUCUCAUACAUCCAUCAUCCAUGGCGCUUAAGGUUCAAGGGGACUCAGCUCUGAAUCGUGGUUGGUACAACAUUUGGUAACCUUUGAAGAACAUGAUUGAUGAGGACAACAUGCUGAAUCUAGUUCGUCUUGGUAUGGUAUUUCAUAAAUUUGUGAGCAAAGCCUGCCCCACACGACCCUCUCUCCCCAUAGUUGCCUCAUUUCCGAGUUUGGAUUUGACUAAUCUAGUCACCUCUUCAUUCACUGUCACUUUGCAAAGAGGUUUUAGAAGGAGAUCUUCCUUUCUUUUGGUUGGUUCACUGCCCAACUGCCCAACCAAAAGACACUUAUCACGCUCUCACUUAUACUCACCGGUUAUCCCUUUACAAAGCAAAAGAAAAUCAUGUGGAUGCAUAGAUUCGUGCUUUCUUAUGGAUCACAUGGAAGGGGAGAAACAAGUGCCUCUUCAAAGAUAAGGGAAGCUCUUUUGAUUGAUAUUUUGGAGUCUGAUUCUAUGUUCUCAAUAUCUUUCAUGCUAUGAGUUGGUGUAAAUGCACAUCUUUCUUUAAUACAUACACCCUUUUUUCCCUUUUUGACCAAUUGGAGAAAUCUUUCACAACUCCUCUAGCUGUCUUCAGCCCUUUUUUGUUCAAGGCAGACUAUGAAAUAUUUGGGAAGAAAAUUUCUAUUAAGCUCUCUUUUUUUUCUUAUUUAAAUAAG